UGACGUUGACGGCCGAACGCCACUCCUCGCGCCGAGAAGCGUGUUGUCAUUCGGAAAACACUAUACAAAACCGCUCAGAAGAAUGAACACGAUAACCGCGCUGAUACUUCUCGUCUGCGAGUGCGUCGCCGAGAGGCAAUUUUUGGACGAUCGUUAUUACCAGAAAGAGGAUUCGCGGCUCUUGCGACCGUACGAGCUGUUCGACCGGCUGAACGGGGAAAACCGGAGGAACGCGGACGGCAACGGAUCCGGCGACAGCUGGCACGGACGAUGGAUGCCGGAUAGACCGGACGAACCCAUUCCGCCGCCGAAGAUUUUCCCGAAGAUUCCUCUGGAGAGCAAGGAAUCGUUCCUUGACCGUGCUGUCUUGCACGGCGUGACGAUGGGCUACCCGUCGCCGGACUGCGACGACGCCAAGACAAACCUGACCGUGGACUGGACCGGUUCACCGACCGUCUACACAUGCUACCAGCACAAGUUCCAACCAGACAGAAAAACAUUCCCCACUGAAUACUGCGAGCACAUACCCAAGAAUUAUGUGGCUUUGCACAAGUGCAUGAAUGAAAAGAUAGAGUACGACGACGACAUUCCAUUGUACGGAUCGCACAGACCACUUUGGCCCAUUUAUGGGGAAUACAAAUUCCUGCCGAGGCAGAGGUGGCUGCACAGUCUGGAGCACGGCGCUAUUGUCGCGCUCUAUCAUCCAUGUGCGAAUCCGUUGGAGGUGAAACGAUUCAAGAGGUUGGUCACCGGGUGCCUGCGCCGCCAUGUUAUAACUCCGUACAACUUGUUGAGCAGCGAACGACCGUUUGCGUUGGUCGCCUGGGGAUGUCGACUGACCAUGGCGUACACGGACCCGGAAACGAUAAAAGGCUUCAUCCGGAAGUACGCGCUGAAAGGGCCAGAGGAUAUACCGAGAGACGGACAGUACGAUUACGGUCUGAUUCGUCCAGCCAGAAUCGUCAGCGACGUCCUGGACUCGAACCUGUGCCCGGCGGAUACCGACGCGGGCUACGCGCGUUACCCGCGUUAAGCUGCCGGCUUACCGAUCUCAAUCUCCGUUCUUUUAUUCACCGUUUUACCAGUCAUUGUAUACUAUAUUUAUUUCUCCUUGUCCUGAUUGAAGGUACCUCGUUCCCGUCGGACUCGCAACCGCGACCUACGGUUUAACCGUCGACGCCUGUAACAAUAAAGAAGCCUCUGAAAAGCGGAAGCCGCUCGGCGUCUCGAGAGCAACCCCUGCUGUUCGUUGCGCGAUUCCUUCCCGAUGCGUCGGUACGGGGGCGGAGGAGACGAAUGAAUGAAUGGAACGCGCAAACUCCUUUCACUCUCGCGUCAUAUAUAUAUAUAUAUAUGUAUAUAUAUAUAUAUUCUCGUAUAUUGUUCCUUUUUCGAGAGAAGAUCGUUAAAUACAUUGAACAUCGUGUGGGUUUUUUAAAUUCUCUUUGCUUGCGGACUUUCGUCGUCUACAUGAUGUACGGGUAACUCGAUUCGUAGUGCUGACUAAAAUCGUUAUUUUUCUGCGGAUACGUACCUUCGACGAUAUAUAAAAUUAGGGUAAGACGAUUAAACGCUACCGUGUUUCGUUAAUGUAAAAUCGUUCUACUCGUCUACUCAAUGGCGUAAAGUCGUUAAACGUGGAACACUAUAUAUAUAUAUACACGAUAAUGUAUGUAUAUACUUAUACAGUAAAACGCUCGACUUACA